CUGUGUGUGUGUGCGUCUGUGCAAGAGAGAGCUAGAGAGGGUGAGAGAGAGAGAUAGCAAAAAAAAGAGUGGGUAGCCACUCUGGUGCACUCUGGUGGUUCUUCCAACGGCGUCACUGUUGCUUGGUCUCCAACAGUCCAACUGUGGCAUUGUAGCUCCUGCAAGCUUCAGGGAAAACACAGCAAACUCCUCAAGUCCCAGUGGAUUUAUCUAAAUGGACACGUCCGGAUACUUUACUUCUGAAAGUCUGUUUUUGCUUUAUGUUAACGCUUCCCGGAUUCGUGAAAGUGCUGUCACUUCUUGAACUAACAUUGUUUCAGCUUUGUGGACACUUGUGGAUACAUCUUUUUUAGAGAACAUGCUUUGGUUGACCGCACCAGAAGAACUUGCACUAAAAAAAAAAUCUUGGUCAUCACAUCUGGAAACAUGGAAAGCCACUACUGCCUUUUGAACUCAGCCAAACCGGACUCCCAAGCUGUGAAAUGUAAGCAGCAACCGGAAAGUCAAGAAUAAUAACUAUUAUCUAGUGAGCAGAUUUAUGAUGCUUGUAAGGAAAGCAGAUUCUUCAGUUUUGUUAACGUGAGAAAAACAACCUGUAGCUUAUUAUAAUGGAUGGCAACUUGAGCACUCUUGCCUCCUAUGUGCCCAACAGAACUGAUCCGUACCACGAUGCGGUGGGCCCCUGGAGCCUCAUCGUUCUGGUCUUCAUCAUACUGACCAUAGUGGUAGGAAACCUGCUGGUGAUCAUCGCUGUAGCUCGUACUUCACAUCUACAGACGACCACAAACAUUUUCAUUAUGUCCCUGGCGUGUGCUGACCUCAUCAUGGGGGUCCUCGUAGUGCCUCUGGGGGGCACUAUAGUGGUGACGGGAAACUGGCAGCUCAGUGACACGUUCUGUGAGGUCUGGACCUCUGUGGACGUCCUGUGUGUGACGGCGAGCAUCGAGACGCUCUGCAUCAUAGCAGUGGAUCGAUAUAUAGCCAUCACGAGGCCUCUCAGGUACAAAGUUCUCCUCAACAAGUGGCGCGCCAGGGUAAUAGUUUGCCUAGUGUGGGUAGUGUCCGCUCUAAUUUCCUUUGUACCGAUUAUGAAAGGGUAUUGGAGAGAUGAUGACGAGGAGGCAAAAAAGUGCUACGACACCCCUACAUGCUGUGACUUUGUGACCAACAGGUUCUUCGCUAUUAUAUCUUCUAUCGUGUCUUUUUAUAUUCCACUGCUCAUAAUGAUAUUUGUUUAUGCAAAAGUUUUUCUAAUAGCCACACGGCAGGUUCAGCUCAUAGAUAAGAAUCGCCUGCGUUUCCAGAAUGAUUGUCUAACAGCGCAAGUUAGCCCCUACAUCAACAAUAUCCUGCCAAACGCGUGUCCAGCCCCGAGCACCUUGCAGAGAAAGAGCGCCAAGCGGCGGCCGUCACGGCUGAUGCUCGUCAAAGAGCACAAGGCCCUGAAGACCUUAGGGAUCAUCAUGGGGACCUUCACUGUGUGCUGGCUGCCGUUCUUUGUGGCCAACAUCAUCAACGCAUUUGAAAGAGAUAUUCCCUCAGAGAAGAUCUUCAGACUGUUAAACUGGCUGGGUUACAUCAACUCUGGCCUCAAUCCUAUCAUCUACUGCAGGAGUCCGGAGUUUCGCACCGCGUUCAAGAACCUGCUGGGAUGUCCGUGGCUGCUGUCCACCCUGCGGCCAAAUCGUUUUUACAAAGAGCUGAGGACUCGCUGCUCCUGCUUCCUAUGGCAGGCUGAGGCGGGCACAGCCAGCUCUUUCCAGAAGUCUCCGAAGAGUAAGAGCGAUGGCUGUGAGAGUCUGGGCAGCAGUAUUGGAAGCAGCAAAAGUGACAAGGCUUCCCCUGGUGCUCUGCGCUCCAAUGGAAGCACACAGUUCAGCGAAUUAUCCGAACCAGAAACCACAUUGUAAGUACCCUUUUUCUUGUCU